GUCAUUCAAGCCCUUAACAUGGCCGCCCAUCAACUCGCCAUCGCAAAGGCUUCCUUCUCUGCAGCACUUUUGCGACCCGAUCCUACUUCUCUGUCGCGCGACGACAUCACCACAUUUCAUACUCUACUAGACAACGCUUUAUCGCAUUGCUCGCGUAUCAACGUCCAGACUUGCAAGGAAUGGUUGCUCCGUCAUGUUGUUCCCUCCCCCAACAGAGUCGGCGUGCUUGGGAAAUACCUGAUUGCUUUGUCGACAUCUUUCGAUUCGGUGUCAGCUAAGGAACUACCUUCCUCAACAAGGCCCUCCAACAAAAAACCGUCCGGAAAACGGAAGCGAUUACACAUAUUGUACUUGUUGAAUGAUAUCUUGCAUCAUGCGAAAUACCAUUUGAAUGAGGGUGUUGGCGCGUUCGUCAACUUCAGCAGCUCGCUACAGCCUCAUGUCAUUGAACUUGUCGGUCUUGCCGCUUCCUUCGAUCGCAAGAAAAAUCCCAAGCACCACCAGAAAUUGGAUAUGUUACUAGAUGCUUGGUAUGAUCACGGAUACUACGCCGCCGAGUACGUCGACAAAUUGCGAGAGCUGGUCAAGAAUUCAGAGUCAGUCGAUGCGAUCAAGGCUUCUGUCAGUCUAUUAGAAAGCGCGAGCGAUAUACAGUCUACGGGGUCUAAGAGGGACGCGCCGUAUAUAAUGCCUGCUAGCCAUGGCGAUCCAUCCACCCCAUUUUAUGACUUGCCCGCGGGCAAUUUUGUUCCGCAUAUAAUUCCGGACUCUACUACCCCGAUACGACCGGACACCGUCAAACCGCUCCAAUUCCUAGCUGGCCCAGCUGAUCAAAAACUCGUCGGCGUGCUGAAGAAAUUCUUCCAGGAUGUGGAUCACAUUUACGGAUCGAUUGAGUCAGAUCUUCCAGAAAACGCGUCAUUAGACGUCGACGAGCUUGGACAGACUGUUGUUCGUGACGAGAAGACCGGAGAGAUCAUUGAUACAGAUACCUAUUAUGGGUGGUCCCGAGAAUUCUGUGAACAGAUGAAAAAGAGGAGGUCCAAGGGAACAUCCCGACGGAGCUGUAGCUAUAGCUCUGGUGAUGACGAGCGAUAUGGAAAACGCCGGCAUAGCGACAACAAUAGCCGUUAUGACUCUCGCUCACGUUCACGAAAUCCUAGCCGCCGGCGGUAUUCCAGGUCGCCAUCAAGUAGCGAUUCGAGAAAUGCGUCUCGGCCACGCUUCAGUGCGCAAUCACGAUCGCGGUCCAACUCAUAUUCACCGAAACCUGCAUCUCCUGCACAACCUCAUCCUACUUUUCAGCAAAACAAACAACAGCCUGCGCCACCUCCUAGUGUUCCGAAUCCUUCAUAUCCAUUUAAUGGUGCCGCAUCCUUUCCACCGCAAUUCACAGGGAAUGCUCCACCUCCACCUCCAAUGAAUUACAACAAUGCGUGGCCCACACCACAUGGCGCACCUCCGCCUAUGUAUCCGGGAGGCGGUCAACAUAUGGUCCCUCCAGGAAUUGCAAACUUCCCUCAACAAUAUCAGCCCCCUGCAAAUCAAUCAGCCCAGUAUGGCCGACAACCGCCCUUUCUAGGGCAACAGAUGCCAAUGGGUGCAUUUCCGCCGCCGUGGCAAGGAGGUCACCAUGGUCACAAUCAGGGCGAAAAUAGGUAG